GUAGUACCGGACCUUUGCCACUGCGCAUUGCACUCGCGCAUGUCACUUGUUCGGCCAAGUGGUCUGGUAACUAAUGUUUAUCAAGUGUUUCAUUGCAACAUACAUUGCAAUGGCUCCUUUUCAGACUUUUCGGUCAAAGUGUGUCCGUUUUCAGCCAAAACGUCACAAUGUCUUUUGGAAGAAUAACAAAAUUACAACUAUUGCUAAUGAGAAUUCUCUGGAAACUGAAAAAUCAAUUAGAAAAGCCAAAGAAAAUGAGAGCUGGAGGGACGGUAGGAGGUUAGUCGACAUCUGAUUUUUAUGCGACCAACUUGUAAAGGGUUGUUUUGAUUGCUCAAAACCCUUAAGCUUGAGAAAUGUUUCGAAGGAAACUAUUCAGGGAUUCGGAAGCAUUCUCUACAUCGAUUGUGAAUGUGGUGUGUCAAACAGUGUUUUGACGGGACGAGGGCAUGGCGCGAUUUUUGACGUGAACACCAAAGCAGCUCUGGGAAUGGUGGACGCUGGUAUUGGUCCGGCACAAAUGAAAAGACUUUUAGGAAUAAUGAAUAUUCCAACUCCCGAUGAAAAAACUUUAAAAAAGCGAGAAUCAGAAGCAGGAGAGGCCAUUGAAAACCAAGCCAAGCUUUCUUGCAAAUCAGCCCUGGAAGAAGAAGUUGAAAAAACUGAAAAUGGAAGGAAAAAAAUUACUGCAAGUUUUGAUGGUGCUUGGCAAACAGGAGGAUCAGGAAGAUCUUAUAAGAGCUUAUCAGAUUCCAGAAUCGUUGCCGCACUCUCAAACGAAAGAAACUGUGUUAGCCUCAUGAAUGCUGACGACUUGAGAGACACUGCGAAAGCUGUAAACAAUUCAAUGUCUCAAAACAGCGUCCAAGACGUGAGCGAGAAUGAGAACACGGACAGAGUUAGCGAUUCAGAAGAUGACGAGUGA